AAGUACAAUAAUGAACGAUGAAACAGUUUAUGACUUAAGAGUUUCGAGGCUUGAGUGAACGUGGCUUGCUUAUCAUUAUCUUCGUCUUUUUAUAGGGUAUUCUCAACGGUCUAAUCGGUUGAGAAAAUCCCACAAAGAUAGGAGAAUCUUCAUCACACGUCUCUUCAGCCUUCAACUGCUUCCGCGCUUCUCGCGUGAGUCUUGGACUCGUUCUUGCUAGCUUGACGGCGCUGCCUAUCAUGGGCUUUAGGUCAACUUAUCAGCCCGUUUCUCGAGGACGCGUCUUAGUUGCUUGUACUUUGUCGCCUGUCUUUCGUCGGCUGUACCUCGUUGUAUGAUGCUACGUCGGACGUAUCUCCCUGGAGCUGUGUUUACCUGCGACACGAUACGACCUGGCUGACACGACACGACCAAACGUUAGAACGGUUAUGUCGUUAGUCCAAAAAGUGGGAUAACAGUUUGCCCCCAAUUGUGAAUUUGCGUAGUCACACAAAGCAAAAGAAACAAUUCAAAUUAAAAAACCGUCUUCAACUGCCUAGUUCGUGGGAUAAAACCGUUCAAAAUUCUAGAGUAAUAAAUACCAAUUCACGACAUGCAAUAAAGUUCUUCACACCAAGUUUUUCGAAAAAUUUCUAGAUCUGAAAGCAGGAGAGAGAAGAGGGAGAAAGCGAAGUCGAUUUUCGCACUGAGUUUGUUCGAUUUUCAGGUAAAAUUUGCUUUCUUUUUCGAUUUCCUUGUAGAUUUUUGUAAGUGAGAUGGGUAGAUCUAAGUCGGUUGUAGCGAGAGGAAAGGGGGAGUCGGGUUCCACUCGGGUUAAGUCCCUUAACCCGAUAUAUUCUACUGUGGUGGAUCCGGCGGCUUUUGUUGAACUUGCUGGUUUGCCGCCGUCGGCGGAAGUGAAGAUUCCCGGCUCGGAUGAGGAAGCCUUUGAUUGUCCAGAGGGGUAUGUGGUUAUGUAUGAGUAUCCGUUCACAAUUGGCUUCAAAUUUCCUUUCACUCCUCUAGUUAGGUCCUUUAUCGAGGUUUUCCAUUUGAGUCCGGGUCAGUUGAUGCCCCAGAUAUGGCGGGUUUUCACGGUGGUGCAUGGAGUUACUGCGGACUGGCGUACGCCGUUUGACCUGUCUGAUUUGAUGUACUCUUACGACCUAGCACUGCAGAAGUGUUGUAGGUAUACCUUGGUUACGAAGAAGGGAAAGACGAACUUAGGUGUUGGUUUAGGUGUGAACGACAGGGGUUGGCAGAGUCGUUUUGUCUUUGUAGGCAAAGAUUCUCUGGGAGAUAAAGGGCGGUUUCUGGUCGAGGGAUGGACGAUGGAAGUUGUCAAGGGGUCGUCGUUGACUGAGUUGAACGCUGAUUCUGAGGAUAAGUAUCGGAAGUUCUUGGGUUAUUCUGUCGAGGAUAGGUCUUUCAGUCGCGACGGAGAGUUUUUAGACGAGCAGGCGGUGGACCGGUCAGGCGACGUCGCCGAGGAGGAGGAGAUAGACGAGGGAUCAGGUCAACUGACUCGUCGUCGGAAAAGGUUGGAUUUGCUUGAGGAGGUAGUGGCAAACUCGUCGUCCGCCGAAGGUGAAGUAGGUGAUAUGGCUGACAACUCAGAGCAUACUCUUUCGUCUCGGCCUGUGUCGAGGAUGUCUCAGAGUGAGAUUCAGGAGCGUGCAAGGAAGCGACUUAGGUCGUCCUCGACUUCUGGUGGACGGGGUAUGACGGUUGUACCUCGGUUUUCUGCGAUAGGUUCAUCGGCCGAGACGCCUGUCGUCAUAGGUGCCGAAGGCUUUCAUCCGAUUGCUUCGUCGUCGCCUCCACAGCCGUUCAAGGCGUCGUCUGCUGCUGUCGACGUUAGUAAAGUGUCUACUUCAUCGGCCAAGAAGCGACCUGUCGAGACGGAUCCUGUCGAGGAUACGGUUAUCACUUUGCCCCCAAGCUUCUUGGGUGAUGAAGAGGCGUCGGUUAUAUGGCCUUUCGCUGAUCGCUUGAUCUUGCCUACGACGUAUCGACGAUACCACGAGGUGGAUCCUCUUCCUGUCGCGUCGGACGCCGCUGAGCUUAGUCUGCGGGCGUCGCAGGCUGCCUUGGCCGUGCGUAGGCAGUGUUCGUUGCUGUGCGACGAGGUGACGAAUGUAAGGCAGCUGACGGCGACGGCGAAGAAGGCGGCCGCAUCGUGGGAAGCGAAGUGGAAAGCUGCUGAGAAGAAGGUUGUGGAUCUUGCUGCGGUGAUUAAGGCCAAGGGUGAUCAAUUGAAGGGUAAGGAUAAGCAGUUAGCCGACGUGGCUAAAGAUCUGGAGAAAGUGAAGGAGGAGUUGACCUCGACGACAGAGGAAUUGGAUGGAUUGAGGAGCUUGUACGACGCCCUGCAGGAGGAGGCGAAGGACGUCGAGGCUCUUGCUAUAUGGAGGACGCGGGCGCAGAUGAUGUAUUCCUGCCUGAUUGGGGAGACUAGCCUUUGGCCGUGCCAAAAGGAGGUGGAUGACUAUCUGGCUAAUGGCGGUACCAUGGCUGACCUGUCGGUGCCCGUGGUGGAUCCGGAGGAGUUGGCGAAGACGGCUGACACUGCUAGUACUGAGGCGACGGAGGUGGAUGCUGCUUUGUUGGUGGUGAGUGCGCCUGUUCCGGACCAAGAGGGGGAGGUUUUAGCUGUUGGGUGCGAAGAGGAGGCCCUUGCCGUCGUUUCUCAAGACGAGACGGUGGACGUGGCGUCGGUGGAGGUGCCAGUCGUGCCCCCAGAGCAAGAGCCGGAGCAGGAAGUCGUGGUUUCUACUCAGGGAGAAGGGAUGUAUUAGUUUGUAGUUUUUGAAUUUUCUGUUGGUUUUUGUGUUUUGUUGGUGAACUUCUUUACUCGUCGUCGAUGGCGGCGACGAGGUGGUUUGGAUGACUUGUGUUUUUAUUUGUCGUCGGUAGUGGCGACGCUGUGUGUGGAUAAUGUUUAUUUUUUGGAAUUUCGGAAGUCGUGGCCUUAGGGGUCGCGCGUCGUGUGUGUUAAGUUUGUGUUUCUUUAUGGUUAUCCCGUUGCGUUUUGAUGUCUUAGUUUCGUGUAGCAGAUGCUUUGCGAGUAAUAAGUAUUGAACCGACUGAUGUGUAAAAUCAUACCUGCGUUGUUACUUCGUUGUCUCUUGCGGUCUCGCUCUGAGUCGUACGUUGUUGCUUGUGGAUGUCAUUCGUCGUGCGUCUUGCAUUCUGCAAAAGAAAACAGGGGUCGCUAGGAGGAUUGGCCGUUGGGGAUGCCAACGGCCCUCCGAUGCCUAAGUCAGUAAUGGUUUUUAAAAUAAAACGAUAAAGAAAAGUAAAGACGACGAUGCGGCGACUGAUAAAAUUGGUUACGACAAGGUUUCAAAAAUGGUAGAGUUUAAGAUGUGUGGCGUUCCAGCUUCGGGGGACCGACUUGCCAUCUUUGGUAAUGAGUCUGUAUGCCCCCUUUCCGACGAUUUUGUCGAUCAAGUACGGUCCUUCCCAAGCUGGUGCUAACUUACCCGCGUUCAAUUCUUUCGUGUUUUGAAAUACUCUGCGCAGUACCCAAUCUCCUUCUUUGAACAUUUUCACUUUGACAUUUUUGUUGAAGCACUUUGCCACGAUUUGUUGCUGUGACGCCAUCCUUAUCAAUGCUGCUUCCCUGAGAUCUUCUGUGUUGUCGAGGUUUUCGCUGAGUUCUACGUCGUUUUGCUCUGGCGUCAUGAGUCCAUAUCGUGCACUGGGCAGCGUCACUUCAGGGGGAAGUACCGCUUCGCACCCGUAAACGAGUGAGAAGGGAGUCUGUCCCGUCGCCGUCCUAGGCGUCGUCCUGUUGGCCCAUAGGAUGGAUGGCAAUUCUUCUGCCCAUCGCCCCUUCUUGUCGUCCAACCGCUUUUUCAGCGACGCGAUGAUCGUUUUGUUGCUGGAUUCCGCCUGUCCGUUUGCUUGGGGGUAUCUGGGCGUCGACGUCUUUAGCUCGAUGUUCCAUGUUUUGCAGAAAGCUCUUGUCUUGUCGCUGAUGAAUUGUGACCCGUUGUCGCAGAUGAUUUCUGACGGUAUUCCGAACCUGCAUAUUAUGUUAGUCCAUAUGAACGAGCAUACCUCUUUGUCCCUUACUUGUUGGAACGCACCUGCUUCUAUCCACUUGGAAAAAUAAUCUGUUAGGGCUAACAUGAAGACCU